AUCUGGGAAGGAAUAACUUGUAUUAAUGUAUGAAUUAGUCUUAACUGAUAUGCAAGUUAAGCUACGUGGCGUUUAUGGAUAACGUAGUAAAAAUAAACUAUUAUUAACUUUUCCAAAGAAAUGCUUGGUUCGAUUAAACUAUGAAUGCAGGAUUCUUAGAAGAUGUUCUCUCUCGCUAAGUAAUUCGUUUAUUGUUACUGUUACCAUCAUUGGCAACUUGAUACUGAAAACACUAACACCAUGAAGGUAACCAACAGAUUCCUUGAAUCUGUAGUAACUUUCUAUUUAUUGCUGGCCUUUCUCUUAAUUUUUAAAGUCUCUACUGUAGCAUUGACUGCAGGAGGCCAUAGCAACACACUCCCAGUACAGGCUGAUUCAGAAUCCAUAUCCGAACAAGGGGAUUCAAAUAGAAAUAGUGUUUCUGCACCUGAGAAACAAGAAAGUGAACAAACUGUUCCAACAGAUUCUAAGGAAUCACACAAUAAAGUAGAGAAAGUUCAAAGUUAUGAAGAUUCACAUAUUAAUAAUAAGGAAAGUGUUGAUGCUCAAUCUAGUCCAGUCACGCCACAAUAUGUAUCUAGUCACGAAUACCAUCAGUUAGUUAAUUUCAAGACUGAGAAAGGUGAAACUGCAUCAUUAUCAGAAGAAUAUAAAAAAGAUAGUACUCCUAAUGAUAUACAAAAGCCUACAUCUGCAGGAGAAGGUGCUUCUUUCAGGAAGACAUCUUUGUUACAUGAAAUUGUUGAUGAUAUAGAAAAGUCGGAGAGAGCAGUGGAAAAAGAAUAUAUUGAUGGUAAAGAAGAUACUGAAAAGGAUGAGAAAGAUACUAUACUGCAACAUUCUAUGCCAGUUGAUAGAGACAGUGAAUAUUUGGACACAACAAACACCAAUCAGGAAACACCAUUGUCAGAAGAAGAGAAACAAGCGGAACUGCUCUUUAAUACAGCUAUGACCAUACUGAACACAACAAAACCUGAUAUGAAGAGAGCCUAUGACAUACUUGUGCAAGCAGCAGAACUUGGCCACUCUGUGUCGCAGGAGAUGACUGGAAAAGCAUUUCUUUUUGGUGAUGUUCUUUCUCAGAACAUUGAAUUCUCAGUGAAAGCCUUUGAUCUACUGGCUAGGAAAGGUGUUCCUGCAGGACAAUUGCACCUUGGAUUUCUAUAUGCCACUGGAAUAGGAGUAGACUCAAGCCAAGCAAAGGCACUUGUGUAUUACACUUUUGCAGCUUUGGGUGGAGAUCACUGGGCCCAGAUGAUGUUAGGAUAUCGUCACUUGUCAGGAGUUGGAGUAAUGAUGAGUUGUGAAUCAGCUCUAACUUAUUAUAGGAAAGUGGCAAAACAUGUUGAAGAAGAAGUGUCCUUAAGUGGUGGGGGUGUUAUCCAACGCAUAAGACUAUUGGAUGAGCAAGAAAGUCCAGGUUCUGUGUCUGGAGUUCUUGACGAUGACCUGAUCCAAUAUUACCAGUUUCUUGCUGAUAAAGGAGAUGUACAAGCCCAGGUUGGACUAGGCCAGCUUCACUUCCAAGGAGGAAGGGGUGUUGAACAGGAUCAUGCUCGUGCCUUGAAUUACUUCACGCAAGCAGCUGAAGCAGGAAAUGCUAAUGCCAUGGCAUUACUUGGAAAGAUGUAUUUGGAAGGAAGUCCAGUGGUUGAGCAGAGCAAUGAUACAGCAUUUAAGUAUUUUUCCAUGGCUUCUGAAAAGAACAACCCAGUUGGUCAAAGUGGUCUUGGACUAAUGUAUCUUUAUGGAAAAGGUGUACCGAAAGACUACAGUAAAGCUUUCAAGUAUUUCUCCUUAGCAGCUAAUCAAGGAUGGGUAGAUGGACAGCUACAGCUUGGAAAUAUGUAUUACAGUAUGGGGAUUAAAAUACCAGUUUCUUUCCAGCUCUUUAAAAAUGUUGCUGAAAGAGGCAGAUGGGGUGAAAAGCUUAUGCAAGCUUACAAUGACUACAAAGAAGGCAGAGUAAAUGAAGCUUUUGUGAAAUAUGCCUUACUAGCAGAACUGGGGUAUGAAGUUGCCCAGAGUAAUGCUGCAUACCUUCUAGACAGAGGAGAUGUGGAUUUUUUUCCCAAUAAUGAAACUCAUACUAGAGCACUUUUGUAUUGGAACAGGGCAGCAGCUCAAGGUUAUUCAGCUGCUAGAGUGAAACUAGGAGAUUAUCACUACUAUGGGUAUGGGACAAAUGUUGAUUAUGAAGAAGCAGCCAGUCACUAUCGACUAGCAUCAGAGCAGCAGCACAAUGCUCAGGCAAUGUUCAACUUGGGUUAUAUGCAUGAGCAAGGUCUUGGAAUGAAAAAGGACUACCACCUAGCAAAACGUUAUUACGAUAUGGCAGCAGAAACAAGUGCUGAUGCUCAGAUACCUGUUGCUCUAGCACUUGCCAAACUUGGAGUAAUAUAUAGCCUACAUUAUGUAGAAGAGAUUAAUUUGGACACUAUUCUUCCCCAUGUCAACUUGGUGAGAAUGCUAGGGCCAGACUGGGAUUUGUAUGUGAUGACAUUUUUAGCAGUUCUGCUUGGUGUGUUGGUUUAUCUGAGACAAGCACCUCCACCUCAAAAUCAGUGAUUCCCUAUUGUGUCUCUUACAAAAAAAAAAAAAACGUGCUAAAUGUGUUGCUGUUAUCACUUGCUGUUAUGUAGCCAGGAUGUAAUAAAUACUUUUUUUGAAAUAAAAUACUCAAAGUAGUGUCUUA